CAAUAUUCGACAACAUGGCGGAGGGUGAGGAAGCUGCAGCAGCCGAAGCGGCAACUGCAGCCAAGGUGGCCGAGCUGGAAGGCUUUGUCGCAAACAAGCUUCACGUGGAUCGAAGCCGGUUGCUGAAGCAGCGGGAUGAAAUCACCACAGAGAUGUCAGACUAUCACAAGCUCAAGGACAUGAUCCAAACCGUUCUUCAGGAAGGUGCGAGGAAGGAGUUGAGGACAAAAGUGGACUUGGGCCACGCUUUCUUCUGUCAAGCUGACAUCCCAAACACGGAACGCAUCUACGUGCACGUUGGGUUUGGGUUUCACGUAGAGUUUACACUGCCAGAGGCCAAGGCCUUUAUCGACAAGCGCAUUACCUUCUUGGAGAGGCGAUGUGCGGACACGAGGGACAAGUUGGCGGAGGUGAAUGCGUUGAUCAAGCUGGUGAUGGAAGCGCUCCGAGAGAUUCAACGUCUGGGCUCCCUCCCAUCCGCAUAGCAUGCCCGCUGCUGAGCCGUGUUGUGCGCAGCCGAAUGCUUUCGUUUGCCAGGAAGCUGGUCUUCCUUUCUCUGUCUCUGUGACUGUGACUGUGACUGUGACUGUGACUUGUCUGUGUGUGUCUGUGUGUGUCUGUGUAUUGUCUGUCAGCCUCUGUCUGUCAGUCUCUCUCUCCUUGUCUGUCAGGCUGUCAGGCUGUCAGUCUCUCUGUCUUGCCCCCCCCCCCUCUCUGUCUCUCUCUCUCUCGUUUGCAUCUGGGUUUCAGUGCAGGCAGCUGCUAGGCCUUAAAAUGAAUGUUUAAGUGUAAUGUGGUGGUCACAGUGAGAGCAGCCCACCUUUUAACACCCCUAUCCAUAUGUUGUGAUGGUCGUUCAAUUCAUGAAAGAACAUACUCGUGUACUUCAGUACAUACGCUCACAAACG